UUCGCGAAGUGACGGAGAAGAGAUCAGGUGGUUGAUAAUGGGAAAAGGAGAUCGGCUGAAUAUUGUAUAUAGUUGUAGUUUAAAGUAAAUAGUAUGGCGGCAUUUUAAUGCCAUUAAUGAUCGAGCGCACAACUGAUGCUUGCGCGCGCAGUAAAUCACUUCCGCGAGAGGAUAACAGAUCUACACGCGAGCAAACGGGAGCCCGCGAGCUCAUUUUAAACCCGCGCGCGCGCAUAACAUCUCUUCUGCGCGCAGAUCAAGCCCUCGCGUGCUCGGACAAGAUUCGCAGCACGCGCGUCAUCAUUCCCCACACUCGCGCUCAAUUAUGGCGACAUUUUAAUGCCAUUAAUGACCGAGCGCACAAUUGAUGCUUGCGCGCGCAGUAAAUCACUUCCGCGAGAGGAUAACAGAUCUGCAAGCGAGGAAACGGGAGCCCGCGAGCUCAUUUUAAACCCGCGCGCGCGCAUAACAUCUCUUCUGCGCGCAGAUCAAGCCCUCGCGUGCUCGGACAAGACUCACAGCACGCGCGUCAUCAUUCCCCACACUCGCGCUCAAUCUUCUAUUUCGCUCGCGCGAACACUUUUGAUUUUUGUCAGUCGUGGGGCGGGACUUUACUUAUUUCAUUGAAACCUGAAAUCUCAUUGGUCAACUCAGUUUUUCCGGAAGUCUGUUGUGAUUGGACGCAUGUUGUAGAGCGAUUAGACAUGGCUUCAUCAACAGACCAGAUGAAACAAAUUCUAAAAAGGCAUCUUUUGGAGGACCUUCUCUCCAAGUUUGAGAGAGCACUUUUUAGAUCUCCCCUUGACCAGGAUUACAUGGAGUUUGUGUGUCGCCAGCAGCUGUACCUCCUGCAAGCACUGUCAAGACAUGUGGAAAUACCCCACGAAAUCAUUCAGGCUCUGCAGGAAGUGUUUGAACUUGUUAAACAACCUCCAUAUUCCACAGCUCCACAUGCAGUGGUGGAUUCCUCUGAUGGUCUGAGAGGACGUCCAAGGUUUGCAAUUGAAAGAGAAGAGUUAGCAGAGAUGCUGCAGACAAACCUUCCUGUCCACUACAUUGCAAACAUGAUGGGUGUUUCCACUAGAACCAUCUUUAGAAGGAUGAACGAUUUUGGCCUUUCCAUCUCAGAGUUGUAUAGCUGCAUGACUGAUGAGGAGUUAGACAAUGUUGUGAGAGCCAUAAAGGAUGAUAUGCCUGCUGCUGGUUACAGAAUGGUCAGAGGGAGGUUGUUGUCUUUAGGUCUGCGUGUGCAGUGGAAGAGAAUAGCUGCCUCAAUGCACCGAGUUGAUUCAAUCGGAAUCCUUUCGAGAUUGGCCAGCCUGGGAUGUGUGGUGAGAAGAACGUACUCCGUUCGAGGGCCCCUUUCUCUUGUGCACAUUGACACAAAUCACAAAUUGAUAAGAUACAACAUCGUAAUAUUUGGUGGUGUCGAUGGUUAUUCCAGGAGGGUCAUGUACUUGAAUGCGGCAAAUAAUAACCAUGCAUCGACAGCAUACCACUUCUUCUCAGAAGCAACCCAAACAUUUGGCUUACCAUCAAGGGUCAGGGGAGACCAAGGAGUGGAGAAUGUACAGAUAGCCAGGUUCAUGUUUUCCUCAAGAGGCACUGACCGAGGAAGUUUCAUAUCCGGUAAAAGCGUCCACAAUCAAAGGAUUGAGCGCCUCUGGCGGGAUGUCAGAAUCAUGGUCACCAACAAGUACUCAGACAUGCUGCACUCCCUGGAGGCAGAAGGAUUGCUUGAUAUAUCAGUGGUUGAGGACCUUUUCAGUGUGCACUACACUUUUCUCCCAAGACUUCAGGCAGACUUGGACACAUUUUCAGAAGCCUGGAAUCAUCAUCCACUCUCCUCAGAGGGCAAUCGAAGUCCCGAGCAGCUGUGGCAGAUUGGAAUGAUGCACACAAAUAAUGACCGAUCUGAGAGAUACGAGGACAUCGAAGAGCCAGAUCUAGACUGGGACGUAGCAGCUACUUACGAUGCCUGUGAAGAUCUCGGAGUUGUUGUUCCAGAAUUUGAAUGUCCUUUGAGUGCAGAUGGAUUGAGGGCUCUUGAACAUCUGCUGAAUUCAACUGGUCCUAAUAUCCCUGUCAAAGAACUGUACUUGCUUUGUCGGGAGUUUGUUUCAACAAAUAUGAAUUAAAAAAAAAACAAAAACAAAACAAAAAAAAAAACACACAAGCAUAAAGACUGAACAGCAUAAUGGAUUUAUUUUGCUCUGAAGCUUACUGUGUGUUGAUGUACAGUUUUUUCACAUCUGAAUAGAGUUUGGAACAAUUUGGCAGCAAUCUUGGCUGCUUUUGUUGUAUUACAAGUCAAUGAUGAAUUAAAAAAAAUAAAAAACUAGUCAAAUAUC